GCUCACGUAGAUACGACCGCACAAAAUCACUAAGCCACUCCGUGAACAGUGUUGCGCGAUUUUUUCGUAAUGAACAGUGAUUUUUGAUUUUUGGUAAGUUUUGUCUGCUUGUGGCUUAGGUUCUUCAUUAGUGUUGUUCCCUUCCUAUGCGACCCACCUUCUUCGUUUCCCCUUCCAAAUCAAGCUUCUCGAUUUCAAGAUGGAGAUUCUUCCCUCCAUUUGGGUUGAUGUCACGGCGGAGGGAGACGGUGGCGACGAAAGACACGGCGGCGGAAGAAGGUCAGGUUCUUCAUUAGUGUUGUACCCUUCCUAUGCGACCCACCUUCUUCAUUUCCCCUUCCAACUCAAGCUUCUCGAUUUCAAGAUGGAGAUUCUUCCCUCCAUUUGGGUUGAUGUCACGGCGGAGGGAGACGGUGGCGACGAAAGACACGGCGGCGGAAGAAGGUCAGGUUCUUCAUUAGUGUUGUUCCCUUCCUAUGCGACCCACCUUCUUCGUUUCCCCUUCCAACUCAAGCUUCUCGAUUUCAAGAUGGAGAUUCUUCCCUCCAUUUGGGUUGAUUUAGCAUCUGUUGGAUUUCAGGGGAAGGUGAAAGGGGUUAUCUCCAUUUCUCAGUGAUUCUUUUGAUGGACGAUUCUUUGGAGGUGAUUAGAAGUUUAAUUAGUUGUUUGUUCUUCAUUUGAUUUAACUUGAGUGUGGUUACAUGUACAGAUUUUCAGGGAAGCUGAGGUACCAGUUGAAUGAGAAUAACAUUAUGUCGGGACUGAGGUAGAUCCUCCAACCCAGACCUUUCUGACAUGGUAAAGUUUGGAGUCUGUGAGAAGAAACCGAGUGGAUUUGAAAGGGCCAGUGGCUACAGCAAUUGGAAAGGGCCAUCAUUCUUAACCUGUAUGCCAAUGUCAGGCCUUGCUACAGCCUUCCGGGUUACAAAGCCCGAUAAAAUGAUGUGAAUCUCAUCACCAUUCGUGAGAGCACUGAAUGAGAAUACAGUGGACUUGAGCAC